UUCAUUACAUCAUUGGAAGAUAACAAUGUACGAAAAUAAUUGAUGAAAACUGUUAUCAAGUCGCUGAUAUUAUGUGCACGUCACGGCUCACAUCAAAGCACCUAACCUCAAAAACAUGCCCGAUUCUUCGUCCACAGUGGCCGGAUUCGUGAAAAUUUCUUUGACAGUGUGGCUCAGUCCCUUGUGAUUGAGCCACCAUUCUAUAAAGAGAGAAUUGGAAUCGCUUAUGAUGAUGAUUUCACAGUCGCGGGAAUGUAAUUCAGUGAGGAGAGUAUCAAUUCCAGGUACUGAAGGUAUUCGGUUGAUGGCAGAUUCGAUUGUUUCUACAUCGAUUGAAUUUUCAUUGAGCAAUUCAAAGAUUUUUCCCAUGUACAGUGUCCAGUUAUCGCGUGCAUAUAAACGCUCCACGGAAUCUGGUAGACUAUCAUUUGGAUACAAUUUUCGAGCUACGAUGUCGGAAUUGUCAUCGUAAAUUGUGUGGUCAAAGUCGAAAGCAGCAAGAAGUGGACGAGACAUCUACAAAGAUCAGUUAUACGGCUAUUGUAGUCACGUGGCAUAGUUGACAAGAGACGCUGGAAGACCAUCAGCAGGAUUUUGUUUAUGUUUUAAAGAGUCUCUUCUUUUACAAUUUUGACAGCAAUUUAUGUGAAACUGGAUCAAAAUGUACGCCAGACCAGCUGGAAUGUCCGAUGAGGAAUCCGACGAGGAGGGUUUCGCUUUUCACGACGAGAUUGAAAACAAAAACCACAAUUCAUCUUUGAAUGAUAAAAAAGUUGAAAAUGUACAAAAUGGACAGAUUAAUUUCGAUGAACCUCCAGAAAAUCAAGAAAGUGAAAGGCGAAAUUUGGAAUUUCGGGUGUUGGAUGCCUGUAUGAAAGGUUCCAAGGACGUCAUCGACGAAUAUCUCGCUUCGGGUCACAAUGUGAACGAAUUCUUGCACACUGGAUGGACUCUUCUUUUAUAUGCUGCCUCCGCAGCACAAGUACACAUCAUCAAGUAUCUCCUGGAACUAGGAGCUGAUCCUAAUUUACACAGAGAUGGCUUCACGCCUUUAAUGGCUUUAUGCAAUUGCCCGCGAGGAACAAGUGAAAAUUGCUUGCAGUCCUUACAUCUUUUGUUGGAAGCCAAGGCUAAUGUAAAUGCAACUAGCAAACGAAGGGAAACUGCUUUAAUGUACGCUUCCAAAAUGAGGGACCCCGAAUUCGUUCUAGAACUUGUCAAAAAUUUGAGAACUGUUAAUAUGCCCGACAGUGAAGGCCAAACAGCAUUAUUUUACGCAGUUAAGGCUAAUCGUUUCGAAGUAGUUGAGAUACUUUUAGCUGCCAAUGCCGAUAUUUUGGUUAAAGAUCGGUUUUCCACGACUCCCUACGAUAUUGCAAAGACUAAAGGAUUCGACAAAAUAACUGCCUUGCUGGACACGGAAGGAAAUGAAGAGGGCUCCAUAAGCGAUUCGCUGCAAUUUCUUGAGUGGAGGGACAUGUUUCCGGCACUUGCUAAAAAGGAUGACGAGAAUUUGAAUUUCGACAUUGCGACUAUUUUGUACGGAAUGGGAAUGGAUAGGUACAAAGAUCUUUUCCGUGGAAUGGAUCUUAAGACGUUUUUAAAACUGACUGAAAAACAAUUGGAAGAGUUAGGAAUGGAUAUGAGCGUUCAUAGAAAAAGAUUUAUUGAGGAUCUUCAUAAAUUACAUACAAAGAAGUGGGAUCUGCGAAGCUUGGGAGCGAUAAAAAAGGCCUUGCCUUUUACAGUUUACGAUGGAGUUGUAUCUUUGGGUAACGCAGCAAAGCAGAUGAGCAUCGUGGGCUCUAGUUUUCGCUUUAUUAAGGAUACUUUAAUGAGAGGUCAUAAAGAAAAUCUGGAACUCUCUCCGGACGAAAAGAUCGAGUACACAUAUGAACUCCAGAAAACUCAGGAUUCGUUGGUGAAGCUCAAAAAGGAACUUUGCUUGGUUCAAAAACUUGCAGAAAAGAUUGAUAAAGAAACCGAGAUUUCAACUCCAGCGACCUAUAUUCCAAAGAAGAAAUCUUACAACUGGACAAUAGCUUUAAGCGUUACUGUAAUGGCAGGAAUGUUUCUCUCGAAAAAUAAGUUUGUGCAAAAGUUGUGGAGCGAGUAGAAGUUUCAAAGAAAGUACAAUUUUCGUUGAAACUCGAAUUUUUGAACUUCAUAUUCGCAAGUCGGAUCGUGUCAUUCCUAGAAAUACGUCUUCCUUGGAUUAAGUUAGUCUAGGAUUAAGUAUUUAAGUCUUGUCAAUAAAUAAUAAAGAAGAGCGAUUUUUUUAUAAA